AUGCUACCAAAUACACUAUCGAGAAGAGACACAAUUGAGCAGAGACACUAUCGAGCAGAGCGAGAUAGUGUCGAUAGUGUUACUAGUCAGUGCUGGUCCACAAUUGAAAAGAAACACUAUUCAGUGGUGGUACACUAUCGAGCGGAGACACUAGUUAGUGCUGCUCCACUAUCGAGCAGAGACACUAUUCAGUGGUGGUCCACAAUCGAGCAAAGACACUAUUCAGUGGUGCUCCACUAUCGAGCAGAGACACUAGUUAGUGCUGCUCCACAAUCGAGCAGAGACACUAUUCAGUGCUGGUCCACUAUCGAGCAGAACGAGAUAGUGUUUCUCGAUAGUGGAGCAAUACUUAGUAGCUUGUCACAACACUAUCUCGCUUUGCUCGAUAGUGUUGUAUUAAGCUAG